GACAAAACUGCAGUUGGCGUCCAACGAGUGAUCACUUUCAGUUGGCGGAAAUCGUUGGGCCUUAGCUGGUGAUCAAGUCUAGACCAUCCAUUGUUCUAGUGAUCAAGUCUAGCCCAUCCAUUGUUCUACGCUCCAAGAAAAUUAAAGACAGCAGACACAAUUCAAUGCAGUGCAGGGGGGAUAACUAGCACAAUAAUUUCUCGUUGACUUACCAAUCCUGGCGUUUGAGUGCAUAAGACAUGCUAUCUGCAAUACAUGUGACAUGAUCGUCCGUGACCAGUAACUACACGUGCUAGGGCCUGGUGUUGGCACUGUGUGUACAACAGUCGACUGGAUGACGUCAUCUUUUGCUGGAAGCUAGACCGGAACAAAUAUUUGCCGUGAGAUUUAAGAUCACCUGGCCAUCUGGAAUUAGCACGGAGCGUCCAGAAAAUACUGACCAGACAAGCAAACAUUGGGCAGAUGACAGCGAUUAGCGGAGACUGAGCUAGUUUCGUCUUUUUUUUUUUUUUUAAUUUUGGGAGCGCGAAUUGCUUGGUGGUGAAACGACGUCCACAUGUGUGGCACAUGUUCAGCAGUUUAAAAUUUUCUGUUUGUGUUUUUCUGGGAGGUUUGACGCGUGCACUAGCUGCAACGUCUCCCGCCAUUUUUUUUGUUUAACUUCAACUUUUAAUACUAGAGCGCCAAUAAGAUGGAAGUUUAAUACACCCUGAUCUGUGGGCCAUCAGACACCAUCACCUUGUGGGCCAUCUGACACCAUCACUUUGUGGGCCAUCUGACACCAUCACUUUGUGGGCCAUCAGACACCAUCACUUUGUGGGCCAUCAGACACCAUCACUUUGUGGGCCAUCAGACACCAUCACUUUGUGGGCCAUCAGACACCAUCACUUUGUGGGCCAUCAGACACCAUCACUUUGUGGGCCAUCAGACACCAUCACUUUGUGGGCCAUCUGACAGAAGAGACCAUCACAUUUCUGCUGAUUACCAUGGCAACGACUCUCAACGCUAAAGAGUGCAGCCAAAGGCCCCACACUCUGCUGCUGUCGCCGAAAGUAUUUUCUGUGCCCAGUCUCAGAGUGGAGGGACCUGCUGACGUCAGCAGAUCACGUGACCUACCAGCUACUGACCAGACAGACUCGAUCCCACUGCCCUUCCGCUACCAGGUCCGUCUCUGUGAGUCACGUGAUGGUCUAGGCUGUGACGUCACGUCCUCUGAGGAAGACACGUGGUCAAGGGAAGAAGAUUUGACCACGGCCCUGAAGUGGAUCCGCCAAGAGAUUCUUCAGAUGAAAGAACAAGACAAAUCACUUCUUAAACAGUUUAAGGACCUAAGGGCGAGCAUCCUUCAGUUAAGAUGUAUUUACACCAUGCACAGUUCCUGUUCAGAUGUGAGCAGCCUAGAGGGCAGCACGUACUCCCUCAACGAGCCAGCCAAGUCCCCCAGGUUGAGGAGACUGAUGCAGGACACACGGUCCAACAAACUUUCUGUCUCCCUGCCCAGUUCACCCCUGGUGGAGCGCUUCAAGUGGACGACAGACCAUUACAUUUAGACAUCACAUGGGACCAUUACAUUUAGACUAUUACAUUGAGGUAUAGACAGGAGAUGAUCGCAUGAAAUUAAUCAAAUGUUUUAAGUCUAUUGUAACAGAAAUAAAAUGACAUUGAAACCAUUUUCACCCGAGAAAUGUGUUACUGUAUGGAAAACACAAUGUACAGUUGUAUCCAAAUGUUAAGCUUGUGUAUUGUUACGUUUGUAUCAAAACAUAAACUUGUUCAACUCCUAAAGCUGGCUACAAGAAGUAACUUCACAAACAAAAUAAAAAAAGAUU